AUGGUGUUUAAGCUACUCCAGCGCUUGGGGAAUUUCCUGAAACAACCCCGGACGACUUCGAUGGUCAACGCACCGAAAGCAGCCGCCUCUGUGGAACAAGACAUUGCUCGAGAACUCAGGAGCGAUCCUCUCGGGGGUGCGAAAACGACGACAGAGUCUCUCCCGAAGAGCGAGAAUGUCGUGGAAAAAGGGCUCCGAGGCAAGCUCGUCAAUGAUGUGAGAAGGGCGGCAGAGGGGUCGCCUCCCGAAAACGAGGCGGCUGUGAGGAACUUGAAAAUCAAUCUCCCCGGUCAUGUGAAGAUAGUCACUGCGGGGCGUCCACCGCAGAUUGAGAAGUCCGAAGACAGAGAAGUCUCAGGCGAUAUCUCCAAAUCCACGGAAUCGACUUCCAAGGGAGCCUCCUUCGGAAGCUCUUCGGGAGACACGCUCCGAGCCGACUCCGUCGAAGGUGCGCACACAGAAAAACAGGGGAAAAGCACAUACGAUCAAUCUGCCUGGGGAGGAAAAUCCGAAGCCGAUUCCCAGGAGGUAUCCGGAGCAAGCGCGGAGAGAACGUCAUUUCGGGACGACAGAUCAUCCGAAGGAGGAAUCCCAGUCGAUCUCCUCAAGACAGUUGAGGCAGCUCCCAAGGAUAAUUUUUCUGCGAGUGAGUCUGCCGUUCAGGAAGGACUCCAAGCUGAUUCCUCAGAGAAUGAGAGGACUGCGUCCGAGGGGAAGCCCCCCAAGGAGGACGCUGUCGUCGUCGGAGAGCUCCAGGCUGCUCCGCGGGGGGGUACGGACACGGACCCUCAGAGACCUUCCCCGAAGCACGAGAAAUCCGCCGGCGGAUCCAAAAGUCUGGCUCCGAAUGUGGAGACCGUCGUCAAAAAGAAACGGGGGAGUGGCGUAGAGGAGGAACAAAGUCGCGGAAUCUCGGCCUCAGAGGUGUCGACGGUGGCUCCAGCUCCGGAAGGCAUCCCGAAGGAGAAACAGCCCUCGAAGAAAAGCGUACAGAAGAAAACUGCUCAGAGAGCCACGAAAAAAGUUGAUGAUCUCAUAGAUAAGAAACUUGUCAAGGGCACGAAAGCAAGUCUGCCUAGAGGCUCAGUGGUCGAUUCUGCGAUGAAUUCCGGACUGGCCAAGCCCCUUAAUGAAAGCGCCUCAGCGGAAGAAAGCGAUGACGCAGCGAAGGAGACGAGUAAGAGCAAAAAGAAGGAGAGGAAGGACGCCAAAACCAUUCCGGACCAGACUCCUUCCAAGAAAGGAAAAUCGAAGCUCAAAGCCAAUACCACGGACGAUCCGCCCGAGGCCCGCACAAAGAAAAAAACGAAGGCUAGACCGAAAGGCUCAGAAGUUUGA